GAUUCAUUUGAAAAAGCUUGUGUUUAAUUUCUUGUUCAUUGACGUAUUGGGCAUCGUAAGACUUUAUCGCGCUCACUUUUAAAUCCCUUGGCGCGUGCAUACUUCACAGUUAUGGAAUCAGCGGGAGGCGGUCGAGGAGGUUUCCGUGGUUCUUUUGGAGCACGAGGAAGAGGUCGUGGACGCGGUCGUGGUCGCGGCCGAGGCCGUGGUAGAGGGGUUGUUGCGAAGGAAUGGAAGCCCGUUACUCAGCUGGGUCGCUUAGUUUACGACAAAAAGAUAACAACAUUAGAAGAGAUCUAUAUGUUCAGCUUACCAAUCAAGGAGUGUGAAAUUAUCGACACGCUUUUAGGAUCGAGCCUGAAGGACGAGGUGCUGAAGAUCAUGCCUGUUCAGAAACAAACUUGUGCUGGUCAACGUACUCGAUUCAAAGCCAUCGUUGCAAUGGGUGAUCACAACUGCCAUGUUGGCCUUGGGGUCAAGUGUGCGAAAGAGGUUGCCACCGCGAUUAGAGGUGCUAUUAUUCAAGCAAAGUUGUCGAUCAUCCCUGUUAGGAAAGGAUAUUGGGGUAAUCAAAUAGGGAAGCCGCAUACAGUUCCAUGUAAAGUCACGGGGAAAUGCGGCUCAGUAUCUGUUCGUUUGAUCCCUGCACCCCGUGGCACCGGGAUUGUCGGCGCCCCGGUUCCCAAGAAACUCUUGCAUAUGGCUGGUAUUGAAGAUGUGUACACUAGUGCACGUGGUCAAACUUCCACUCUGGGGAAUUUCGCCAAAGCAACUUACGCAGCUAUACGGGCCACCUACGAAUACCUGACUCCAGACUUGUGGAAUGUGACUCCGAAAGCAAAACAUCUUUUCGUUGAAUAUUCAGAAUAUCUUAGCAAAGUUUCAAAACAGGUUUGAAUGAAAAUAAAGUUUUUUCGGG